AUGAAUAUAAAAAAAAAAUAUCAUGCGCUGAAAACCGGCUGUUUUGAAACUGAAUCAUUAGUAAAUAAUACACUCAGUUCUAUUAUCGAUCCUCUUAAUAAAAUACGCGACAAUAUCGAUACCCCCCGCACGCAUUUAUCGGUGCAUCAGCCACAACCCCCGCCCGCGUCAUCGUCAUCGCGGCAGUCAUCACCGCGAUCGCUACCGGAUGUCUAUAAAAAACAUUCCACCGCCUCAUCAUCGUCGUCGUCGUCGCUUACGUCGCAAUACGAUUUGAAUGAACUAUACGGACAGUGGCCAAUAACUGAAUUAGAUAAGGUAUACGUACCUAAAAAAUUAAGAAGUGGCGAAUAUGUUUUGGGCAACAAAGAAAUUCAAUUUAUUGAUAACGAAAUGCAUAUCGAAGACGAUGACGGUUUUUAUCCCAUAACGCCCGGACUUCUUGAGUUAUUAUUCGCCAAGUCCCCAGCGGCUGAAAAAUAUUCACAUGAAGAUUUAAGUGCAUAUAAACGUAUUUUAAUUCUGACAUCAGCGCACAUGACAACAGACGGUACGCGUGUCCGCAGUUCCAUAGGGGCGAAAUAUACGAAAGUAAUUUCAAAACUGUUCGCGGCCAAGGACAAAAAGACGUCUGGUAGUGGUAAAAAUAUACGAUUACAGAAACAUAAUAUUGUAUAUUGUAACGAUCCCAAUGAGCUGGUCGAUAGAUUACGAUUAUUGUAUUCAUCUCUCGCGGCUGGUAAUACGGGUGUUCGUAACGAGAUAAUCUCGAUUUGUGGAGAACUGAUCGAGGCUGGUAUAUUGAAAAAAAUUCCAAAUGUCUAA